ACAAUAAAUAACCUUGACGAGCAAUUACAUGGAGGUCACACCAUAUUAACGUGUCGAGUCCUUUAAAAGCAGUGCUUUUUGCGUUCUACAAAUACCUAAGCCGCUCCCCAAGCCCCUCUUCCAACCACGACAGACCAGACGAACCACUACAUCAUCAUUCCGUCAUCCACAAAGCAAGCACAACCACAACCACCGCAGCUAAGCAGUCCAUCACCCAACUCACCCCAAAACAACAACCAACACUAUCACAACCAUCCAUCAACCCCAUACCAACCAACAAGUCCAACAAUGCCCCACUGGCCGCGCCUCGAAGCAACAGACUCCAUAAUCGAAGUCCUCUGGGACGUCGCCCUCCUCGUCUUCGCCAUCCGCCUCGCCCUCAUCUACGCCGCACUGACCUUCGCCGCCUCCUCCAUCCUCUUCACCCUCUUCUUCCUCGCCUUCUCCCAAACCCUCCCUUCCUCCGACAACACCAACAUCACCACCAACACGUACACUACCACCGACACCAACCCCUUCACAACCCACCCCCACGCCGCCCCGCUGCUCGCCCUCGCCGCGGCAGCGUCUUCAGCCCACGCCGUCAUCCGGCGCUACGACAUCCCGCGCGUGCUGGCCUUCCGGCUGGCGGUGGGGGUCGGUGCCGGCGUGGUAGUGGGGGCGCUGGCAGGGUUGGUAUGGUUGGUGGAGUGUGAGGUGCUUGGGGGCAGGGAGGGUAUGGCGGUGUUGGUGGGGGAGGUGCUGGGGGGGUGGAAGAAUGCGGUGGGGGUGCUGGGUGGGUUGGUGUUGAUGCCGGUUGCGAUGAUGGGGUGGGGGAGGUGGGGUGAAAAGGGGGUGGGUGUGGUGAGGAGGAGGAGGGGGGAGGGUGAGAAAGGGGGGAGGUGAGUUUUGUGUGUUGUGAUUUGUUGUUGUUGUUUGUUUGUGGUGGUGGUUGGGUAGGUGGCUAAUCUAUUCCGUGCUGUGUAGGGCGGUUGACAACAUUGGGGAGAAGACUGUGAUGGGGAGCUCUGACUUGUGAAUAGGACGGACGGGGAUGAAGGAGGGUACUGGGAGAUUGUAAUUGGGGUGUGGAUGUGAGGCUUUGGUGAUGGGAUCAACGGGCUGCGUAGACUGUGUUAAUCCGGCCUAUCUAAGGCUAAGUAAUUGUACGGAUGAAGGAGGUGUAUUCGGGGUUCAAGGAUUCAAAUAUGUAUACCUAAUGACACGAAGAAUGGAUAAUCUCUAUGAAGUAUUCAGA